AAAACAAAACAAAACAAAAAAAAAACAGACUGUGAAUUGAGACUUCAGCAACUCUAGCAAGAAAUGCUGUGUUUGGGAAACUCCACCGACUGCCUCCGGGACCAAAUGCAGUCGAUGAUGAGGUCCUUGCAGGACCUGAAGCAGAUCAGCAGACCGAGGCCGCUGAGUGAGCCGUGUGACCGGUCGUUCGCUGUCACGAGGCUCUGCAAACAGAGAGCGCAGCAGCAGGAGCGGCUCACUCGCCUCCGUGUGUCUGACGCCAGCGAGGCCAGCACCUACGACUCCGCCUGCUGCCUGGCCAACCCGCUGGAGGAGGAAGAGGAGGAGCAGCAGGAGCCCGAUCGGCUGCCGCGGGGCUCCCCCGCCAGCGAGAAGAGCGUGGAUUUGGACUCUGGUUUCUCUGAGGCUUCCUGGCAGGACGAAGGCGUGGUGCUGAGAAGGACCAGAAACGUGCGAGUCUCCUCCUCCGCCUGCGUCCGAACAAACAGAGGAACCUCCGGCCGUGCCAGGCCGAAGUCGACGUCUGACGUCUGUUUGGAGCGCUGGACUUCUUUUGAAGCGAGCGACACGGAGGACUGGACCACGUCGCUGCUGAGCCGCAGCAGGAACAGGCAGCCGCUGGUUCUGGGGGACAACAGCUUCGCCGACCUCAUAAAGAACUGGAUGGACCUGCCCGAUCUGCCAGAACCCGCCGAGAUGAAGCCCAGCUCAGGGCGACGUCUUGCGAGAGACAUUUUUGGCAACAUGCGGCGGAAGUUGGCGGGGAUGUCCAAAGGCGUGGAGCUGCGGCCGAAGCCAGCGAACUGCACACGGUUGAGAAGAGCAGCGGAGGCUCCACAGAGGAUGUCCUGUCCUGUGGGAUUUGAGCCUCUCAAGCCUUUCUUCCAUCAGUCUCACACAGGCCUGCAUCAGCUGGACACAGAUUUCCACAGGUUCUCUGCACUCAUGAAGACGGGCAGCCGGCAGCCCAUCAUAUGCAACGACAUCAUUGGAUAUAUUUGAAUGUGACGGUCUCGUCCAAGCACAUUUAAAUCAGACUGUUCUCGUGAAAUGUCAUAAAUAAAAGUUUUUUUUACAUAUA